GAUGGGAACUUCCGGUGUCUCUGGUUUCCUGGGCUGCUGGCAAUUAAAUCCAAGAGGAGAGCAGUGAUGUGAGGCUGUGGACCACUUUCCUUAAAAUAUCACAGAAACAGGGGAGGGGAGCAGCUGUGUGUCUCUUACUGCCUGCACUGACUCUGACAGCAAUAUUAAUAUUUAGCUGGGGGAUACAUUGUAACACAUUCUGUUAAUGUUCUAUUAGUCAUUACAGAAAGCAUCUAGCAGCUGAAUAGGGAGGAAUACAUAACAUUUAAAUUGUUUUUUGUGUUUCUGUUGCUCAUUUUUGCUGUGCACUUUUUAGAUUUCUAUAUCUGUCUUUUUUUUUUUUUUUUAAAUAGAUCAGGUGUAGCUUAGUGUCUCAGAUAAAACCCAGAUUUGUGCAGUCUGCAGGGACAGGGCUCAUUGGCAGCUGGUUUUUGUUGUAGACACCAUCACAAUGUUUAGCUGGCUGGGUAAUGAUGAUAGGAAGAAGGAUCCAGAGGUUUUUCAGACUGUCAGUGAAGGUUUGAAGAAAUUGUACAAAACCAAACUUCUCCCCUUGGAAGAUUAUUACAAAUUCCACGAGUUCCACUCCCCUGCCUUGGAAGAUGCUGACUUUGACAACAAGCCUAUGAUCCUGCUGGUGGGACAAUACUCAACUGGGAAGACCACUUUCAUUAGAUAUCUCCUGGAACAAGACUUCCCUGGCAUGAGGAUUGGACCAGAACCCACCACAGAUUCCUUCAUUGCGGUGAUGCAGGGUGAUGUGGAGGGGGUUGUCCCAGGCAAUGCCCUCGUGGUGGAUCCCAAAAAACCUUUUAGAAAACUGAAUGCUUUUGGAAACGCUUUCUUAAACAGGUUCGUCUGUGCACAGCUUCCAAACCCUGUACUCGAGAGUAUCAGCGUGAUUGACACUCCUGGGAUACUUUCUGGGGAGAAGCAGAGGAUAAGUCGAGGAUAUGAUUUUGCUGCUGUUCUUGAAUGGUUCGCUGAGAGAGUUGAUCGAAUUAUUCUCCUCUUUGAUGCCCAUAAGCUGGAUAUCUCAGACGAGUUCUCAGAAGUCAUCAAAGCCCUUAAGAACCAUGAAGACAAAAUGCGCGUCGUCCUUAAUAAAGCCGACCAGAUUGAGACCCAGCAACUGAUGAGAGUUUACGGUGCACUUAUGUGGUCUUUGGGAAAGAUUGUGAACACUCCAGAGGUGAUCAGAGUCUACAUUGGGUCGUUUUGGUCUCACCCGCUUCUCAUUCCUGACAAUCGCAAGCUCUUUGAGGCUGAAGAGCAAGAUCUGUUUAGAGAUAUUCAAAGUCUUCCACGAAAUGCUGCUCUAAGGAAACUAAACGACCUGAUAAAGAGAGCCCGCCUCGCUAAGGUCCAUGCGUACAUCAUCAGUUCUCUGAAGAAGGAAAUGCCAUCAGUGUUUGGCAAAGACAAUAAGAAGAAGGAGCUGAUUGCUAGUUUGGGAGAGAUUUAUUCCCGAAUCGAGCGAGAGCACCAAAUUUCUCCAGGCGACUUUCCAAACUUAAAGAAGAUGCAGGAUCUUUUGCAAUCACAAGACUUCAACAAGUUCCAGCCACUGAAGAGUAAACUCCUGGAGACUGUGGAUGACAUGCUAUCUCAUGACAUUGCUCAUCUGAUGGUCCUGGUUAGGCAAGAAGAGACUCAAAAACCAGUUCAAAUGGUCAAAGGUGGUGCAUUUGAGGGUACCCAGAAUGGGCCGUUUGGGCAUGGAUAUGGAGAAGGAGCUGGAGAAGGCAUUGAUGAUGCUGACUGGGUAGUGUCAAGAGAUAAGCCCAUGUAUGAUGAAAUCUUUUACACAUUAUCUCCUGUCAACGGAAAAGUCACUGGUGCCAAUGCCAAGAGAGAAAUGGUGAAGUCUAAGCUGCCCAACACAGUGCUGGGCAAGAUUUGGAAGCUUGCAGACAUCGACAAAGAUGGACUGCUGGACGAUGAGGAGUUUGCGUUGGCCAAUCAUCUUAUCAAGGUCAAACUAGAAGGUCAUGAGCUACCAAAUGACCUACCAUAUCAUCUCCUUCCACCAUCUAAAAGAAAAGUUCCAGAGUAAAUGGGGAAAGAAAAAAAAAAAUUAAUAAUUAAAUCACAAAAUUGAAAGAGGGAUACAUGUGUUUACCUAAGUUAUACAUCUAAUGUGAGAAAGGCCUGCUGUGGCAUUUUCAGUUAGACCAACUCACAUAUUAAAAUCCUAAAACCAAAUCUAUUCUUACAUUAACCGCUUAAGAAGUUAAUUUAAGUGUUUUCAGCUUCUUACACGUACUAAAAAGGGAACAACUUAUUCAAGAAAGUUAAGAUAAAAAGACAACUCUCCAUUUUCUUUCUUCGUGAUGUAUCAUGCAUCUUUUUCUUUUUAAAGUUAAAAAAAACAAAAACUUUUUUUUGUGAUUCUUUCUGAAUACCUCAUUGUAUUGUUAUGCAAACACAUGCGGAGUCUAUUGCCGACUGUUAAAUUUCAGAGAUUUAUUGUAUGUGUUCUACUGAAUUACUAUAAGGAAAAUGCUCGUGUGUGUGUGUGUGUGUGUGUAAUUUAACUGAAAUUCUCACGUGCAUCUUGUGAUCUGUAAUCAAGACAUAAGUAUUUAUUUUUUUUUUUUCCCCCGUUAUAUUCAUUAUAUCUUUAUAAUACACGGAAUCAGAUUAACAGUAGGCUGGUAAACCAGCAUUUUAUACAGUUUGUUUUUCUAACAAUUUCAAUGAAACCCACAAAUACUCCAUGCACAUUUCCUAUGAAAUACCUACAUUAUGAAAGUAAAGCAGUAUUAAAAUACUUUAGAUUCAUAACCCCUUAACCAUGGGGUAUACUAUUAAAAAAUACUCUGGGGUGUGUCUGAUUCAAAAUACUCUACUUGAAGCCCAGAUGGGAGAGAAAAUGAACAUUUUGAAAACAUCAAUCAAGUAGACUUGAAUCAUUUUAAACUUGGGUCCCAGUAUUUUUUUAUUUGCCUCUUUUUGAACAGCAGACCUAAAAAAAUAAAUAAAGUGACACAUUUUGUGGAGUGCAGCAGUGGUUGAAGAUCGAUUUUCAACCUAGGGAAGAAGAAAGUGAUCACGGUGUUUGCAGAAUUAAUAUAUUCCUUCUUGUAGUAAUUGGAUCCUUUAUCUUGGUCUUGAUAUAUUGUACUUGUCAGUACAUCGGAGGACGUGUUUAUAUUCUAGUGGGUAAGUGUUGGCGUAGUCUAAGAGGUGCUGCUAAAACCAGACUUGUGAUGGGGCAGAGCAGUUACCAAUGAAAGCAGGUUGGACCGCAGUCGGAGAGGUCCACAGAUGGUGUAUGCAAGUGGUAUUUUAAUUUGAUAGUUAUGCGUAUAUAUAUAUAUAUAUAUAACUUAUUUUAUAAA